CAUCUGCGCCGUUGCGGGAAGGCGGGCGCAGCGCAGCGCCGCGUCGUGCCGAGGCCGGGCAUGGCCCAGCUGGGCGCCAUCGCCGCUCUCGUCCUCAGCUUCCUCGCCGCCGCCUUCCUCUCCGCCAUCCAUAAGAUCGAGGAAGGUCACAUCGGAGUCUACUACCGCGGCGGCGCGUUGCUGACCUCCACCAGCGGGCCGGGUUUUCACCUCAUGCUGCCCUUCAUCACGUCCUACAAGUCAGUGCAGACCACGCUGCAGACCGAUGAGGUGAAAAACGUUCCGUGUGGUACGAGUGGAGGAGUGAUGAUUUACUUCGACAGAAUUGAGGUGGUGAAUUUCCUGAUCCAGAGUGCAGUAUAUGACAUAGUGAAGAACUACACUGCUGACUACGACAAAGCUCUCAUCUUCAACAAGAUUCACCAUGAGCUUAACCAGUUCUGCAGUGUCCACACACUCCAGGAGGUCUACAUUGAGCUGUUUGAUCAGAUUGAUGAAAACCUUAAACUGGCAUUGCAGCAAGACCUAACUACAAUGGCCCCUGGAUUAAUUAUACAGGCAGUUCGAGUUACAAAGCCAAACAUCCCUGAAACAAUCCGGAGGAAUUAUGAGCUCAUGGAGAGCGAGAAGACAAAGCUGCUGAUUGCAGCACAGAAGCAGAAGGUGGUGGAGAAGGAAGCAGAGACAGAAAGGAAGAAAGCCCUCAUUGAGGCAGAAAAAAUAGCACAAGUUGCUGAAAUAACCUAUGGACAGAAAGUGAUGGAAAAAGAAACAGAGAAACGGAUUUCAGAGAUUGAAGAUGCUGCGUUUCUUGCAAGAGAGAAGGCAAGAGCUGAUGCUGAAUGCUAUACUGCUAUGAAAGUAGCCGAAGCUAACAAGCUGAAGUUAACUCCCGAGUACUUGCAGCUGAUGAAAUACAAGGCUAUUGCAGCAAACAGCAAGAUUUAUUUUGGCAAAGAUAUUCCCAACAUGUUCAUGGACUAUGCAGGUAGCCAGAGUAAAUUUGCGGAGGGACUGGCAGAAGGAAUCCAUGAAGAGGAUGGAGCAGGACCCAGUGAGGACACAAAACUGCUUCAUAACACCAACUGAAAAGAAACAUUUAUAUUUGUUUUAUAUCAAAAGAAACAUGAACUGGGAAGUUCCUUUUUGUUUUCCCCUUUUCCUGUACUGAAAGAGAUAAAAUUUAAUCCUCUCAAUCUUUUGUAUGACAAUUAGACACAAUGACUUUGGUAUUUAUGGAGUGUUGUUCUGGUAACUGCUAAGUAAUCUGCUCCAGGUAUGUCUGCUAGAUGCACCUCUCCCUUCUAAUGGGCUAAUAAACCCAUGAUUCCAGAGAGGCUAGCUAGGCUAUCUGUUCUGCAGCCAGCUUAGAUGGUUAAUUACUUUUGAAUUGAGGUUGUUAGUAGCAGUUGGAAGUUUUGAGAUUUUGGCAGGAGGGGGAUUGCUGCUAUGACCUUUUAUUUUCUAGUUGGAAAUUUCUAGUACUUAAUUCAAACACCCUUUGAGAAGGAAAGAAAAAAAAAAAAUUAAAAAGGUGCUAGACUUUUUGUACACUACCCAUGUCUGCUUCAGGGCAUUGCUCAGAUGGUGGGGUCACUGCCUGGGGCACUGGGACUAACAGUCCAUGUGUACACUUCAGGCCCAUCCUGCCUGCAAGGUGUAGCAAAAAUAUGAAACUACCAUUUACUGAGGUCUGAGCCAAAGUGUUUUUUCAGUAGUGCAGUUGAAACCGCAUGCACAGUGAGGUCCAGCACUUCAGCUGAAGUGUUGCAGGUUACCCUGGGGGAGAUGUAAGCCUUAGACCACGUGUCACACAGGUAGUGGCCCAAACUACUCAUUUUCUGCAUUUUAACACUGGUUUCUUUUCCAUUUGUCAUACUUGGGUAGAGCAGAGGGGAGUUGGUGUUUAUCUGCUGGCUGAGGGGCUUAGAUGUGCUGGUGGAGGCAGUGCCUGCCAGUGGCUGAUUGAACUUAACUUUUGGUGAAACCAGGCUGCAAGCACGGUACUUGUCACAGUUGUCAUAGUCAGAAGAAAGUAGAGAGAAUGCAAUUUUUUGUCUCAGGGACCCUGACCUUGCAAAAAGCCUUGCUAGUGAAAAACUGCUUGAAUGAUUCAUCCCACAGUCACUGCAGUACCUCUGCUGGUCUGUGAGAGCAGUGGAAUUUCAGUAUUUGCAGUGUUGUACUAAAGGAUGUUCAGAGAAGCUGAAAUGAAUGGAACGUUGUACCUAGGUGAUUUUUUUUUCAGAAUGGACCUUGAGAGGAAGAUCUCGUAGGAGCAAUAGACUCAAAGCACCAUUUUGAAAAAAAAAUCACAGGGCAAAAAUGACAAUUAUUAAUUGUUGUUAUAGUUUGCAGCCAAUGCAUCCUUAUAAGAUGAUGAAAGCAUAAGCACUAAGUUGGUGAGGACCAACCUGUUGAAUUUCUGAUCUUUUGCCCCAAAUGCUUGCUGCUUACGAAGCUUGGUUUCACAUUUCAGUGUUUUUAAUGCAUUAAUCAUUUUAAAUAAGUAAUUUACACUAACAUAGAAAUCUCAUUAAUUUCUGCUGCUUGUUCCAGUAUUUUCAUUUCAGUUUUAUUUUCCCUGUAAGAAGAAUUACAGUUGAUACUUGAAAAUGCAAAAUAAAAGAGAUUGUCAGUUUCUGCUGGAGAAAAGUCCCAUCUCCUUCAUGUCAUCUUUGUAUUUGCUGUAAAAUCUUAAGCUGAGGAUAGUUCCAUCUCCGGACUGACAGCACAAUGGUUAUAAAAACUGCAUUGAGAGGUAGGCUGUAAUAUUGCUCACUUUUCUAAAUAGGUCUCUGCAAGAUGUUGAAUAGAGAACAGCAGAAAUGUAGGGGUGACGUAAUAGUACCUAAACUUAUAAGGUGAUCUCAUUUGUUUGGCAUUAUUUUGCAUUCAUGUUAAGGUUUUCCAUUAGUAAGUAAAACCUACUUUUUAUGAAAGUGUUUUCACUAAUGAGGGGACACAAAUAAACCAAAUGGUAUUACAAAGAAUGUUUUUGUAUGAGUUCACUGUAUAAGAAUCGCUUGGAAUAAAUAGGUCUUAUGGAUUUUUAAAUUGAAAACAUUACUGCUGAAGUAUUUCUCAGAGGAAGGGGAAGAAUAGAAGGACUAGCCAGUAUUAUUGAUUUCAAACUUGCAUUUUUAAAACAUUUUGGAACCUUUGUGCUUCUGCACCGCUGAAAACAAAGUAAUUUAGUUAACCUAUUAACAGAUUAACAACAAAAAAAGCAAGAACAAAGUUGAAAUUGUACCAGUCCUUACAGACCGGAGUUGAUCAUUGUUUUUCAUUCAAGUUCUUCAUUCUAUGUAUAAUUUCCUUAAUUUUUCCAGAGUAGAUGUGUCACUACAUGUAAACCUUUAUCCCAUUUAUCUCUUUCGCUGUCAUUCUGUCAUCUCCAUGAUCUUGCAGUCUCAAAAGGAAGAUGUAAAUGCUAAAACAGCUCUGUCUAACAAAGAAGCACAGGUUUGCUGUUUGGCACUGCUACACCUGGGAACUGUUAGCAGGGGCAUGGUGAUGCUUUACCAGUGCAGCUGUGGAUCUGUAUACUGAAUUAAAAGCCUUUUUAUUUUGAUACUUGCUAUGACAAUAAAAUGGCCUUCAAUUUUAA